AGUCAUCCUCUCAUAUGCCAAAUUAGUAUAAAUUGGGACCAACUUGCUUGAGCUACUUGUACACUCCAAAAGAAAAGCAGAAUCACUCCCUCCCCCAUCAACCUUAAAACCAAAUUCUCUCCACAUCCUCUUCCACUUUCAAUGGAUUCCUUCAUUUUCCACUCUCCAAUUUCCGACGUUUCCUCUAACUCAUCCUUCAAUUCGCCGGAACGCCGCCAACCGUGGAACGCCCUUGGCCUCGGUGCCGCCUCGCUUCCCUUCAACGAGAACGACUCCGAGGAAAUGCCCCUCUUGGAUCUCCUCACCGAAAUGUCUCGGGGGACGUGGGAGACGCUCUCGCCCGCCCGGAUUAAGGAAGAGGAAGUGUCGUCGCGCGAGCGAGAGAACGAUCCCCGUGACGGGAAGUCCUACCGGGGUGUGCGGACGAGGCCGUGGGGGAAGUUCGCCGCGGAGAUCCGGGAUUCCACCAGGCACGGCGUCCGGGUCUGGUUAGGCACGUUCGACAGCGCCGAGGCGGCGGCCCUUGCUUACGACCAGGCCGCCUUCUCGAUGCGGGGGAGCGCUGCCGUGCUGAAUUUCCCCGCGGAGCUAGUCCGGGAGUCGCUCAAGGAGAUGAGACUGGCGGGUUGCGAUCGAGACGGCGGGCUCUCCCCCGUGGUGGCUCUCAAGAAGAGGCAUAGCAUGAGGAGGAAAAUGUCGGGCGCGAGGAGGAAGGAGAGAGGAGCGACGAGGGUCGAGAACGUCGUCGUUUUGGAGGAUCUGGGGCCGGAGUACUUGGAGGAGCUCAUGAGCAGCAGCUCCUCCUACGACUGCGUUGGUCCACAUAGGUGAACAAGCAUAUUCCAUUUUCCGGCUUCGCUUCCAAUUAAAUUUUUUUCGCCAUGUCCAAAUGCUUUGUGAAUUUUGAUUUUGGGGUUGGUGGGUGAAGAGAUAAUGUGGUUUAAGGAAAUCGCUAAAGAUGUGCAACUUUCUUUU